GAAACCCCGUACAGACUUUCUGAAGGGAUUCAAGAUGGCUGAAUACUCAGAGGGGGGGUAGUUAGCAAUUAUCCAAGUACAACGCAGGAAAUGAAUGGUAAAUAGUGUUAGAAUGUGAAACGCAACAUUGCGGAAUUUAUACAAGUAUUGCGUAUUCAUCGGCUUAAUUUUGGAAUGCACAAAUACCAGUAAAUAGAGAGACUGGUCUCUCCACGGCCCCGAGCCAGAACAUGGCGGAAUACUUGGGCAAGAAAUAGCAGCUAACGAUAGCUGGCUGGGGUAUUAUUGAUACUCACAAUUACCAACAUCGGGAGCAAUGUUUAGUGACACUGAUUGCUUUUCGGAAAUGACAAAUUAUGGUGUUGUUGUAUAUGGUUUGUGAUUUUGUUGCCGUUUAUCAAUAAGAUGUUAAACGUAGGCAGUUAGCGGACUAGCUAGCUAUCUUGCUAGGUGGCUAGGGCUAGCGUACUGUCUGUACUGUGCUGAAAGAGUACGAUAUAGCUGGCAAAACCAGUGAUCCUAGCCAGGUUAUCUUCCCUUGAAUGUUUCCCAUUCAAAGUUUGUAGGAAACAGCAUCCUUUUCAUGAUUGUGUUGUGUUGCAAGAGAAUGUGUAGCUAUUAGUUAGAAACCAAACUGACAUAGAAUUGUGUAACAGCCAUCUGGCGCGUUGCCUCGGGUCUGCGCGAGACGAGGUUUUUACGAAGCUAGCGGGGAUCAUCAUAUAAUUGACCAUAAGAUAGAGAAGUUGAUUAUAUUGACUGACAACGAGGGUCUCGUUGACCCCGACCCAAUAGAACCACUAUAGAUUGGUAGAACAAGUAAACAAGACUUGGCGCGUUACCACUUGGGGUAAACAAAAGUUGUGAGAAAGCGGCAACGGCCACCUGCCAGGAUGACGGACACCCGUCGCCGAGUCAAAGUUUAUACCCUCAACGAGGACAGACAAUGGGACGACCGUGGCACCGGACACGUCUCGUCGGGCUAUGUAGAGAGGUUGAAAGGAAUGUCUCUGCUUGUUCGAGCUGAGAGUGAUGGUUCCCUUCUGCUGGAGUCUAAAAUCAACCCAAACACAGCCUACCAGAAACAGCAGGACACGUUGAUAGUGUGGUCGGAGGCUGAGAACUAUGACCUUGCACUCAGUUUCCAGGAGAAGGCUGGGUGUGAUGAGAUCUGGGAGAAGAUAUGCCAGGUCCAAGGCAAGGACCCGUCGGUGGACAUCACCCAGGAGCUGGUGGAUGAGUCCGAGGAGGAGCGUUUUGAUGACAUGUCGUCCCCGGGCCUGGAGCUCCCGCCCUGCGAGCUGAGCCGCCUGGAGGACCUGGCGGAGAUGGUGGCGUCCUCCCUGCCCUCGCCGCUGCGCCGCGAGAAGCUGGCGCUUGCCGUGGAGAACGAGGGCUACAUCCGCAAGCUGCUGGAGCUGUUCCACGUGUGCGAGGACCUGGAGAACCGCGAGGGCCUCCACCACCUGUACGAGAUCAUCAAGGGCAUCUUCCUCCUCAACCGCACUGCGCUCUUCGAGGUCAUGUUCUCGGAGGAGUGCAUCAUGGACGUCAUCGGCUGCCUGGAGUUCGACCCGGCCCUGCCGCAGCCCAGGCGCCACCGCGAGUUCCUCACCAAGACGGCCCGUUUCAAGGAGGUGAUCCCCAUCUCUGACCCGGAGCUGAGGCAGAAGAUCCACCAGACAUACCGGGUCCAGUACAUCCAGGACAUGGUGCUGCCCACGCCCUCUGUGUUUGAGGAGAACAUGCUCUCCACUCUCCACUCCUUCAUCUUCUUCAAUAAGGUGGAGAUCGUCAGCAUGCUGCAGGACGAUGAGAAGUUCCUGACAGACCUCUUUGCACAGCUCACAGACGAGGCCACAGACGACGACAAAAGACACGAACUGGUAAACUUUCUAAAGGAAUUCUGCGCAUUCUCCCAAACGUUACAACCUCAAAACAGAGACGCCUUCUUCAAGACGUUGUCAAACAUGGGCAUUCUCCCGGCUCUGGAAGUCAUACUGGGGAUGGAUGACGUGCAGGUGCGUGGGGCAGCCACUGACAUCUUCUCCUAUCUGGUGGAGUAUAAUCCAGCAAUGGUACGCGAGUUCGUCAUGCAGGAAUCCCAGCAGAACGACGACGACAUCCUGCUCAUCAACCUGAUCAUCGAGCACAUGAUCUGUGACACGGACCCGGAGCUGGGAGGAGCCGUGCAGCUGAUGGGGCUGCUGAGGACCCUGGUGGACCCUGAGAACAUGCUGGCCACCGCCAACAAAACAGAGAAGACAGAGUUCCUCAGCUUCUUCUACAAGCACUGCAUGCACGUCCUCUCCGCUCCCCUGCUGGCCAACACCACGGAGGAGAAGCCCAGCAAAGUGAUGGCCACCCCUCUUCCCCCAGAUGAUUUCCAGACCUCCCAGCUGCUGGCCCUGAUCCUGGAGCUGCUGACCUUCUGCGUGGAGCACCACACGUACCACAUCAAGAACUAUAUCAUCAACAAGGACAUCCUCAGGAGGGUCCUGGUUCUCACCGCCUCCCAGCAUGCCUUCCUGGCUCUCUGCGCUUUGCGGUUCAUGCGGAGGAUUAUCGGUCUGAAGGAUGAGUUCUACAACCGCUACAUCAUGAGAAACUUCCUGUUUGAGCCCGUGGUCAAGGCCUUCCUCGACAACGGCUCUCGCUACAACCUCAUGAACUCCGCCAUCAUUGAGAUGUUCGAGUAUGUCCGUGUGGAGGAUGUGAAGUCCUUAACAGCUCACAUAGUAGAGAACUACUGGAAGCUUCUGGAGGAUGUGAACUACGUCCAGACCUUCAAGGGGCUCAAGCUGCGCUACGAGCAGCAGAGGGAGAGGCAGGACAACCCCAAACUGGACAGCAUGCGUUCCAUCCUGAGGAACCACCGGUUCCGGCGUGAUGCGCGGACGCUGGAGGACGAGGAAGAGAUGUGGUUCAACACUGACGAAGAGGACCUGGAGGACGGCGAGGCCGUGGUGCCGCCCUCGGACAAGAUGAAGAGCGAGGAAGACCUCAUGGACCCCAUCAGCAAGUUCAUGGAGAGAAAGAAACUGAAGGAAUCUGAUGACAAGGAGGUUCUGGGGAAGUCUAGUCUGUCGGGUCGUCAGAGCCCUAGCUUAAAGCUUUCCUUCUCUGGAUCCACCAAGACCAGCCUGUCCAGCCCACCCUCCUCCGCUGCACUGCAUCCUGGCUCGCCGGGGUCACCAGGGUCCCCCGGCUCCGGAGCCAGGAACUCCCCGCCCAGCCCGCCCGUCACCAUGAAGGUGGGGUUGGUGGACUACCCUGAUGAUGACGAGGAGGAGGAAGAGGACGCGGACAGUAAAGGAGAGACUCCACCCCUCUCCAAGAAGUCUAGGCUGAGCUCUUAGAGAGAACAUUAGUGUUCCUCCCUCCCCCCUCCCCCUCUCUCUCUCUCUCUCUGGUGCUCCUUGGACGCCAGACUCGUUCACCCGCCCACAGACUCAACACAGGAAUGAACUAACUUGUAAACUAAUGAAUGAUUUCCACCACCCCUCCCUCCGGGUUUAGGGAGGGGGGCGCGGGGAUGCAAUGAGGAGCAGACUGUUGUUUAGAAACAAGCCUCCUUGGACUAUCCCAUAAUGCAAGUGCCAAUCGGGAGGCGGAGCCGGGAACCACCCAAUGAAUGAAGGGAAGAGAGAGACAGGAAGGAGAGGAGAAGAUGAGGAGUGUCACCGUCAGACUAUAACAAGACUUGAUUUGGAGACUUAUAAUUCAACAAAGCUAAGAACUGGGUAAAAGACCACACACACACACACACAGAGAGACUGAAACCCCAAAGAGCUUGCGUGCUCGUACCAUGACCCACUGCCCCGCCCCCUACUCAGGGAAGGUCAUUGCAGCGACCCCAAACGGGGCCGGCCAAUCCAGACCCAGAACCACCACUCACACCCCCGCCCUCUUUACGACCCCCCCCAGCAGCCCUGUCCUGUUUAGUUUUCUCCCUCUGCUAUAUUCUUCUCCCUCGCUCCCUCCCCCUCUCUCUCUCUUCUUUCAGUUGUUUUUAUGUUGUUUUUUAACGUUAGUUUCUAGGACCAGGCAGAAGACAGCGCGUUGCGGACCUGCCGUCGGUGUCGUUUGAUGAUGUCAUCGGUGUUGUCGUUGUCGCUCAGCGGACUUUCUUCCUCUCGAGAGAUAAAAAAAAAAAAGCCAGCAGUUAUUUUUCUUUCUCUUUUUGAUUCUCUUUUUUUUCUCACUCACUCACACUCUGUUUUUGUAAACAACAACAAAAGAGACCUGCCUUUAAAUGUUCAGGACGUUUUCAGUCGCACUUGAACAGGUUUUUAAAGACCUCAGUAGCUGACCUAGUCUCACCCCUUUUUGCCCUUUGAAACUGCAGAUUUUUUGGAAAAGAAUUUGUUAUCCCGUCUUGAUUAAAGAUUGAGUGGAAUUCUAGAUGUGA